AUGGCCAUGAUUGGAGGUGCAGAGAUGCGAGCCCGCCGCGGGGAACUGGUGCGGCAACGGUCGGAUUCAUGGAAGAGAUCUACGAAGGACAUGUGGCGCAAGUCGACCACAAUGUGGUCUGAUUUGGAGAACAAAUUCCAUCAAACGACUGUCGAGGUAUGGCAUAAAUCGGCAGAUUCAUUGUCCACUUCCAAAGAAAAGGCUCAACAGACCACCACCAAGGCCUGGCAUCGCUCAGCCCAUUCCUUGAGUAGUUCUAAGAACAAAGCACAAGAGUCCACUAUGAAGGCAUGGGACCAGUCCACCGACUCGUGGAACCACGCGCUCAAUCGAUAUCGCCAAUCGACCACCGGUAUACUAGGCCGCUCAGCCGAGAAUCUGGUUCGACCAAACAAGGAAGUCCAACAGCGAACGCCUCUAUCGGACUGGAUGGCAACCUCGGAGGUGCAACAGCCCGAUCGAGGCCUCGAUGGACAGCAAGGCGAACAACAAGGCGAACAACAAGGGCAGCCCUCAUCUGAGCCAAUAUCACCCACUGCGCAGCGACCACCCCAUUAUGAACCUUCCUGGCAGUCGCAAAGAAGUCGAUCGGUGUCGUCACCACCUGUACAAGCAUCACAGCCUGCUGUUCAGCCACAAUCAUCCGAAUCACCCACAACCACACCCCUGCCUCGGUCACCAUCUUUGCCUCACUCAGUCUCUGGGACCGAGACCAAUUCACUCGCGUCUAGCUCAUCCACCAUCGAUCUAUCAUCUAAGAAGACAAAGGCCGCAGAUACCCAAGCUCGAGCCCUUCUCGACUUGACAAACGAGCUUACCGGUCAACUGGAAGAAGCAAGACAGCUUCGCGAUCUCAGCUACGAUCAGCUGGGCGAGAUCGAGCGUCAAUGGGUCAACACCACCAUUACUGAUGCCGACACGGCGAACCAAGAAUUGUCUCAUAUUCUGGAGCCACUGCGGAUUGAUAUGAGCAAACAUCGCAAGGGCAGGCUAAGCUCCUCCAGCCGUAAGCGUUGGAGGGCUAAAGACUGCGAGCGAGCUCAGGACAAGUAUUCUCGAGUCGCUCUCCAGCAAGGCCGGCUGCAUAAAGUCAUUGCACAUUUAUCACAUUUCGACCAAUCUCAACUUUCUCCCCAAGGAACGGCCGAACAGCCUGAGGAACUACCAAUCUCUCCCGUCAUUGAGCUAGCGACGGAAACGGAAAGAUUUGAGUCCCUGCCCGCCAUCACCGAACUUCCCGACGAUCCCAUCUUUAUCCCCUUGGAACUCAACACAGGUUUCGCCGAGCUUCCUUCCGACCCAUCGCCUGUGCGAGCUCGUCCCCCUCGGCCUUUGAUACCUCGAAAACUUCAGGUACCGAAGAUCAUUGUCACGCAAAGCCCUGAGGAUCUGUUGGAUACCGAGGUCAGCACCACUGAUGCUGGUUCCGUCAACCAAAGCACCAAUGAGAUGCAUGAUAACCAGGCCUGGAAGCAAACCAGGGAUAGUUAUCGGGAUCAGCAAUCUGCCUCCUUCACUGAGAUCAUCUCUAACAUGGAUACGGAUCGCUCCCCUGCAAAUGAGCAACUUGGAGGUCAUCUUUUUCUCGAUUUGCAUCUCGUGGCCAGAAAUGAGGAAGACCUGUUUCAAGUUUCUUUCUUUCUUCUUUCCUUCUUUCUUUUUUUUUCUUUUUCAUGCCGUCAUCACAUUUCUUUGUUUUGA